AUGCUUCUCCAGGCGGCACUCAGCGACAUGGACAUCGAACUUUUCGACGGCGUUCCUGGCGACACUGUCUCCGAGAAAGCGAUUCCCAAGACAAGCGAAUAUAACCGCCAAGACGAUGGCGUUAUAGGAUGCUGGCGCAGUCACAUGAACGCGAUUGGGGAAAUUGUCCGUCGGAACUUGUCUUCGGUUCUGAUUCUUGAGGACGACGUCGACUGGGACAUAAGAAUCAGAUCUCAACUCCACGACUUCGCCCUAUCGACCCAAGCACUAACCCAGCCCCUGCGGAGUACACUUCUGUCUGGCGGUGAUCCAACCCUUGGAACGGCACUGGAAAUACCGUUUGAAAAUCUUCCUGCUACCGCUGCGCCGAAGUUCUCGCCGUACGGCGACAACUGGGACCUCUUAUGGAUCGGUCACUGCGGCAUGCACUUCCCCUUCCUCGACCAAGAGGGGGUGCCCAAAGCUCGCGUCAUCCACCACAACGACGUAACUGUGGCCCCGAAAAAGAACCUGCGGGGGUUGAAUCUCCCAUUCACUCUGAAGGAAAACUACCCUGAGCAUACCCGUGCCGUUCAUCAUGUCCGAGAGGGUGUCUGCACACUGGGCUACGCUGUGAGCCAACAAGGAGCACGGAAGCUGCUGCAAGAGGUCGCAUUGAAAGACGUUGACGAUCCAGUUGACUUACUCCUCAGGUACUUUUGCGAGGGCGUCAAGGGACGCAAACCACACAAGUGCCUGACAUCGCAGCCUGCCUUCUUCCACCACCAUCGGGCGGCGGGUCCAAUGAGUUCCCACAGCGAUAUUCGCAACUACAAAGGUUUCAGAGAAACUGGUAUGACUUACAUGGUUAGAUGGAGUGUGAGGCUAAACGCAGAUGCACUCUUGGAGGGAAGGACAGAUUUUAUUGAUCAAUACCCCGACGAUGUCUAA